UAGAUGAUACAAACCGCAAUGAUUUAAAGAUGGUUUAAAUUAUUUUCACCUGUGUACAUUUGCUCUAUUAGGGGACUGCAAUAAUAGUAGUGGAAGAUUAAUGCCGGAGCAUCCACUAUAAAAGGCCCUACAAUUGGGAAGUGAAGAACGUUCAGACUUCGUUUGCCCUGCCAGAAAAACAACGAUCUAGAGAGACUUCUGUGACCCUUCUAAGAUACAAAGCGAGGGAUCCAAGUGUGUACAUUUUGAAGCCAUGAGCCGUGGAUUCAGUGAAGUUCACCGUCCCUCCACACUUUCCUCUGUGACCGAGCCCACAUUCGUACUCACCACAGAGUGGGCGUGGUUCUGGGAGGACGAGUACGGCAAAUGGGUCCAGUUCGCAUCCAUCAAAGAGAUGCACAGAUGGUCAUCCAUCACCAGUGAAGACCUUGAGAAAAGGUUCCAGGAGGAUCAAAGUGCUGUGGUGAAGUUCACUGCAGGCCAGCAGUCUUAUGAGCUGAGUUUCAGAGACAUGACGCAAAAAAACAAAAGAUACGGUACUGUAAGGAUGGUCAGGCGUCGUCCUGUGUUUGUUUCAACUGCAGACAGCAGGUAAUGUACGGAUGAGGAGGAACUGAGAGGAUGGUCACCAUGUUCUGUAUUUAACCUAAUAAACACUCACAAUUGCAUAAUCAAUAUUUGGAUAAUAAGUGGAGAAAUAAAUAUAGGUAUUCAAUUGAGCUACUUAUUUUCUUAGUGUUGUAUGUCAUGUUCCCUUCUAUAUUUAUCCUCAGGACAAAUAGAACAUGCAACUCCUCUCAGAAUUUCAGAGAUGUUCCUGGAUUUUGGGACAAGUCUGCCAUACCUGACAUUGGAUAUAAGACAGUCACUCUUCUGAGUUCUGACAGGGACUAUCAGAAGGUCCAGAGACUUUUCAACAACACCAUGAGGGGCUUCCAAAUCACCAGCAUCGAGAGGGUCCAAAACAGGGACCUCUGGGAAGUCUUCCAGUGGAAAAGAGAUUUGAUGAAGAAAAACAGUGGAGGUAAAAACAGCAAGGAGCUACAUCUCUUCCACGGAACGGACCCAAAACACGUAGACGCCAUUUGCAGAGAUAACUUCGACUGGAGGCUGUGUGGAACAAAUGGAACUGUGUAUGGCGAAGGGAGUUACUUUGCCAGGGAUGCCAAGUACUCACACUGCUUCAUCAGCCACUCAGGAGUGAGGUCCAUGUUUGUUUGUCGGGUGCUUGUUGGUGACUACACACGAGGGAACUCGGACCUCCGUCGCCCCCCUCCAAAAGGCGAGGGAAAUCCCACUUUCUAUGACAGCUGUGUGGACAAUGUCCUGAACCCAUCCAUAUAUGUGGUGUUUGAAAAGCACCAGGUGUACCCCGAGUUCCUCAUCAGGUAUGAUGAUGGCGUCAUGCACUUGUCCUCUUCGGCUCCAGCUCCUCCCAAAACUGUCUCUAUCCAAUCCACGUACAUAGUCCAAUACCCAACAUCCAACCGGAUUCAAGCAGCAGCUGCUGCUACGCUGCCAAACUCUCGAGUUCCAUCCACUUCCACUUUGAAUCCAUCUCAAGCAGCCACCACUUUCUCUAAUCCAACCAAUUCUCUUCCCCCUUCACGUCUCCCAAAACCUGCCCAAACCUCAUUGGGAUUCAGUCAAUCUGCAGUCAUCAUGAAGCCAGCCCCAAGUUCUCAAUUGGUGGAUACCACCCUAGGCCAAGCUAAUUGGUCUUACACUCCCUCAUUCAGCAAACUCCCUCAUAAACUUAUUACCCAAGCCAGCACCACCUCUUGUACACCCACUACCCCCUCUUAUACACUACCUACCCCGGCCAGUACCCCCUCUUAUACACGCAUUACCCCAGCUAGUACCCUGUCUUAUACACGCGUUACCCCAGCCAGUACCCCCUCUCGUACACGCAUUACCCCAGCCAGUACCCCCUCUCGUACACGCAUUACCCCAGCCAGUACACCCACUACCCCGGCCAGUACCCCCUCUUAUACACGCAUUACCCCAGCUAGUACCCUGUCUUAUACACGCGUUACCCCAGCCAGUACCCCCUCUCGUACACGCAUUACCCCAGCCAGUACCCCCUCUCGUACACCCAUUACCCCAGCCAGUACCCCCUCUCGUACACCCACUACCCCAGCCAGUACCCCCUCUCGUACACCCACUACCCCAGCCAGUACCCCCUCUCGUACACCCACUACCCCAGCCAGUACCCCCUCUCGUACACCCACUACCCCAGCCAGUACCCCCUCUCGCACACUCACUCCCUCAGUCAGUGCCCCCUCUCGCACACUCAUUACCCCUGGCACUGCCCACACUCGCACACUCACUCGCUCAAGCAACCCCUUUCGCACACUCACUACCCAUGCCAGCCCCCCUUCUCGCACACUUUCCCGUUCAACUGACACACCCUCUCAGGCUCACACCAGCUCAACGACCACUACUCACAGUCUCCCUGCCAGCAGUACCUCUCACUCACUAUCCCCUUCAUACUCAUUGAGCACACCUUACCACACACCUUCUCACUCAUCAUACACCCCCACUUCCACAGACUCUUCCACGCUCUUGGGGUCUCACCACUCCACAUCGACCACUACUUCUGACACAUCUGCUACUAUUACAUCAUCUAGAGUGCAGGAGUUAAUUAAACAAUUUGGUGGUCAAAGCUCAACCUGUUGACAAUUUGUAGUGUUUCUGAAUGAUAAUUGCAUUUUCAUGUUAAAUAUGCAUAGUUGGUGUGUUAAACCCUUGCAACCCUUACAACAAACCAGAAUGAUGUUCAACACAGGAGGUUGGUGACACCUUAAUUUGGGAGAACGGUCUUGUGGUAAUGACUGGAGAGGAAUAGGUGGAAUGG